ACCGCGGUUUAAAUAGCGAAACAGCCUCGAGCGGACAAUCCAAUAUCAUAUGCCAGUAAAAGCGUAGCGAGGCUGUCUGUAAGCGACAACAUGUGAUUUGAGGACUGACGCUUAACGGGACUAAAACUGCACAGGACGUUUGGUGGACAAUUUUGAAUGGCGGAAAAUUCCCUGAGCGAGAAUCGACGUGAAUAAAUAAUUUACAGACCAUGAACUAUGUGGGUCAGUUGGCGGGCCAGGUGUUUGUGCAGGUCAAGGAGCUCUACAGAGGACUCAACCCUGCAACGCUGUCUGGAUGUAUAGAUGUCAUCGUGGUCCGGCAGCCUGAUGGCUCCCUGCAGUGCUCCCCCUUCCACGUCCGCUUUGGCAAGAUGGGUGUUCUGCGGUCCCGUGAGAAAGUGGUGGACAUAGAGAUCAAUGGGGAGCCAGUCAGUUUGCACAUGAAGCUGGGAGAGAAUGGAGAGGCCUUCUUCGUCAGAGAGACAGAGAACACGCUGGAAGUAGUUCCAUCCUACCUGGCGACAUCACCCAUCAUGUCAACAGGGCAGGAGUUAAUGGAAUCCCAGCUGGGGAGGGGCAGUUCUCGUCACCAUGACACCACCCCGUGCAGCUCACUUCCUGUCCAGAACCUGGGACCUCAGCAAAAUGAUGGAGCGAUGACCAAGAAGAGGAGGAAGAGGAGGCGGAAGGCACGGCCAGAGGGAGGCGGAGGAGGGAGGAGAGAGGAGUGCGGGGAAGAGUUCUCGGAGGAUGAGGACAUGUUUACUAUUGACUUGAGCUCGGAUGAGGAGAGAGAGGGUGACGACAGCAGACCGAUGUACGGUGAUCAGGGGUCUUCAGCCAUCACCCACACACACCCCAGCACUGAUUGGACACGUUCAAAGAGUAAUGUGAUUAAGGACACUCUCUCCAUCCCUCCACCCUGUGGUCUGUCCAUCUCUUGUCCACAGCAGACCUCUCACUACUCUGCCCUUGUUAGCAGCCUCGAUGAUUCACGGUCAUCAACACCAAAGAGCGACUCAGAGCUAACCAGUCAGUUUAAAGACAAUCCUGAAAUGUUAUGGACCUGGGGGGAGCUGCCACAGGCUGCCCAGCCAUCCUUCCUGACUUCCCACAUGAAGCAGGACCCUGCUACAGCAGUGUCUAUCCCGGUGUCAGCCAGCACUCACUUCAGAGCCAUCAAUGACACCGGACCCCCUUCCCUCAAUCUCUAUACCCCGCAGCCGGGGGAGAGCACCACUCAUGCUGGGGACAAGCACACUGAAGGAAGCCAAAAUGGAGCCAGAGAUAGAGUAACUGCUAAGACUGAGGACAUGGCUGAAAGAGAGCAAGGGACACAGGUGGAAAGUGUUCCAUCCUGUGCAGAGAUGGAGGGUCUCACAGCCUGCUCAGUGUCUCCCAGGAUUCUCCCUGAUCAUCUGGACGAAGGCGGGAAUAGAGGAAGUCCCAUCAAAAGAACUGAUUCACCAUCCAAGAAGAAAGAAAAGAGAAGCCAACACCUAGGUGCUGAUGGUAUAUACCUGGAUGACAUUACAGAGCUGGAGCCUGAAGUUGCUGCUCUCUACUUCCCUAAAAGUGACGGAGGCAGCAGCUCAAUGAAAGGAGACUCAGAGAUGAUGAUGAUGGGAGUGCGGAGCGCUAAUCAGUCCCCGCAGUCAGUGGGCAGCAGUGGGAUGGACAGUGGUGUGGACAGUUUGUCCGACCAACUAGGGGACCUGCCUCAUGUCGCCAUCUCUUUGUGCGGAGGACUAACUGACAACAGGGAAAUCACAAGGGAGCAGUUCCAGGAGAGGGCAAUUUCCUACCAGCAGUUCUCUGAAAACCCUUCUAUUAUCGAUGACCCUAACCUGGUGGUCAAGAUAGGAAACAAGUACUACAACUGGAGCACAGCAGCUCCCGUCAUGUUGGCCAUGCAGGUCUAUCAGAAACCUCUGCCGCAGUGUUGGUGUUUGAGUUAUGUGUUUUCUGCCUUUGGCCUCUUCUCAUACUGCCUCCCUGGUCUGUUUGGCUCCAGCCCGUCCCAGCCUGCCUCAGUGGAGAACAUCAUGAAGGAGAAGAUGCCAAAGAAAGGAGGACGCUGGUGGUUCUCGUGGAGGAGCAGGAACAGCGACUCCAAAUCAGACUCAGUGACGGAUGCGGGGGACCAAGGAGAGAGCUCAGUCACUAUGGCCUCAGUGAACAGGAUGAAAGAUGAGUCAUCCUCGAGUGAUGAGGACCACAGAUCAUCUAAUCAGAUGUCAGGAUCCUGCCAGUCAGAGCCCCUUAUGAGCUCUGGCAGUGUCUGCUAUAAGAAGACUCUACGGCUCACCUCAGAGCAACUGGCUAGCCUGCAGCUGAAGGAGGGUCCUAACGAUGUGGUGUUCAGUGUGACCACUCAGUAUCAGGGCACCUGUCGCUGCCAUGGCACAAUCUACCUUUGGAGCUGGGAUGACAAGAUAGUCAUCUCCGAUAUAGAUGGAACCAUCACCAGGUCUGACACUUUGGGUCACAUCCUCCCCACACUGGGCAAAGACUGGACGCACCAGGGUAUUGCACGGCUCUACCAUAGAGUUAGCCUGAAUGGAUAUAAAUUCAUGUACUGCUCGGCGAGGGCCAUCGGCAUGGCUGACAUGACGCGAGGUUACCUGCACUGGGUCAAUGAGAGGGGAACCAUGCUGCCAAUGGGGCCAGUGCUGCUCAGCCCCAGCAGUCUGUUUUCUGCCUUGCACAGGGAGGUGAUUGAGAAGAAACCAGAGAAGUUUAAGAUCGAGUGUCUUACAGACAUCAAGCACCUUUUCUACCCAAACACUGAACCUUUUUAUGCUGCAUUUGGCAACAGAGCUACAGAUGUGUAUUCGUAUAAGGAGGUGGGUGUUCCUCUGAACAGGAUUUUUACCGUCAAUCCCAAGGGGGAGCUGAUACAGGAACAUGCCAAAACCAAUAUCUCUUCCUAUGGGCGUCUCUGCGAUAUGGUCGACCACGUCUUCCCAGUCCUAGUUAAAGAUGAGGAAGCAGACUUCCCCUGCUCUGACUCUUUUGGCCAGUGCAACUACUGGACCAAACAACUUCCUGAUGAUACCAACCAGGAAGAAGAAGACCCACAGCCCCUUGAGACAAGCUGAGGAAACCCCAUUGAAUCCAGAAGCGAGAUUGCUGUCCGCCAACCUACAACGCUGUGGUCAGUGUUUUGUGAUUCAUCAUGAAGCCGCAGACCAGAUUAAGAGUGAAGAUGCUGAUUGCUUUAGAAUCAAAGACUUAUCUAGGAACUGUGUGGGGAAGACGUAUAUGAUAAACGAAUUGAGCUCUGUGGCGCCUUCAAGGCUCAAAGAUGUUACUUAAGAUAAGUAACUGCAACUACUGAUUCAAAAUAGAUGAAGGUGUUUUCAAUAUUCCACAUUAACAAAUCAUUGCGCCAUCAUUCAACAGUGAGAACACAAGCAGUCCCCAAAACUCACACCAUAAAACCCCAAGGUAGGAAGCCAUAUUACAGUGAAUCUAUGGUUGUGUUUAAGAUGAAAAGAAAAAGGACGAACAAACCUCAAAAAGCUGCACUAAUAGCAAAAACACAGGAAACCAUAAGACUGCUAUGUAAGAAAAAGAGUUAACGAAAAAAAACUGGUGGUUGUGCCUGAGGCUCAACACAGGAUCAAAAAGUCACAUAUCAUACAUUUGCAAGGGUACUGACUCACAACACACACAAACAUCAGUAACACUUGUAAAGGCAUAACACUGACAAUGCACAACACUGCAGAACACAAGUAUAGCUGUUACCAUUCUCUCCUUCAUCCCACACCACUCACUCACUGUAUUUCCACUGGUGAAUAGAAAAGCUGCCACACAAAACACACGCUGUGUGUGAAAGUUUCUGUCAGGGAUGCACCAGUAUAGGCUGGUAUUAAAUCUGUUUUUCUGAAUUUUAUAUAAAACACGUCCUCAUAGACGUGCCUAUCUUCAAAUGAGUCCCAAAGCGUUGGGUAAAGUUCACUAAAACAUGGGGGCUUGUCCAUGUAAAUUGACAAAGUGCUACUAAAGCAACCCUUCCAGAUUACAUACACUACCAGCGUCCAUAGCAGAUAAUAAAAUAUAAAUUACUUAUACAAUUCAGCUUUCCAAAUCUCAAAUCAGCCUCUUGGUGCAUCAAUCAUUUUUUAUACUUUUUAGGAAAGAAUACUGGCUUUUUUUAGCCAUUAAAUGUAGUCGAGACUCCGAAUCUUAGCUAAAGUUUUAUCUGAUCCAGGUAUGUGGCUGUAGCCAUUUUUCCUGGCCUCAAGUACAGCAGAUACAGCACAACACUUUGCACACGAAACACCACAUUACGUUACAGUGAAACCAUCUGGAACACGCAACAAUUGCACAGAUAUUGUAUCCAGUCACCUUUUGUGUCCAAACCUCUCUGCAGGUCCAGCUAAAUGACUGUGGUGUUUUGACCAUGCUACUGUGAAACAUGUGGCUCGAGCACAUUUUCUAACAGGUGUACAGUGACUAUACUCAAGCUAAAUGCAGGACAAUGCAACUAACUUCAGUCUGUGUUCUUUAUGUCUCUUUUUAUAAGCACGAAUAAAUUAACUCCAGUGAUAUGCUAGAAUGUAGGACAUAAAUCACUCACAUUGUGUGUUAUUGUAAUGACUAACGCUCAUCAAUGCAAUCACUGUGUAAGCUCAUACAGGAUAUGGUCAUGUAUUUUGAGUUUUGUGAUGUUGUCACUGCACAGAUCAGUAUACUUUUAUGUAGAGCACUAAUCUGCCCUGUAGUGGAGAAUUAAAUGCAGUAUAUUUAGAUGCUGUGAGGUUUUCGCUUCAUAAAUGCAUCUAUUUUUUGUUGUUUGUAUAUAUUUCUUUCAUUUAUCAUAUGUUUAUGUUUUCAUCCACUGAUCAAAGAACAUUUACUGUAAUGCAUUUAUGGGAGAUGGAAGCCUGUUUAUUUUUACCACAUGUAUAACUUAAAAUGGGGGAAACCACUGUAAAUAAUGAAUAAUGUUAAUUCUUUUGACCAUACGAAGUGAACUUUAAAAAAAAAAAAAGAAAAAGCUUUUGAGAGCUGUCACAUUGUCUAAAAUACUUUGUUACUGGUACUCAUUUAAAUGCAUCCAACACAAUAAAUCUCUCUAUUAAACCAACUGUCACCUGUUGCACUAAGAGGUGGCGGAUUCACCAUUUGACCACUAAAGCAAUAGAUCAACAUGGACUAUAUUAGGAGAGUCAAUAGGUCGGUUGUCUCUUUCCUGAUGUAAUGUCAGCUGUUAAUCCUAUGACAUUUUGUUUCAUUUGCUGCCUCUGGUUUAUCAUUGGCAUUGAGAUGGCUAGUUACACAAGGUGCAAACUAUUUGCACUUUUUGCAACAUCAAGAAGAGCAUCAUCAACCCAUGUAAAACCUCCUCUGUUUAUGUUAUGAUUUUAAAUCAUCUAAAAAAAAACAUUUAAUCUCAAAGUAUUUCAACAAAUUUUUGUUGGAAUUUGCAAACAAUAUUUGUACUCUGAUAUUUAUGUCGUAUAUUGAAAAAGGGUGAAAUCAAAACACUAGAAGACUGUUAACAAGACCUCUGAUUGAUUUUGACUAAGUCUGUUAUACUGUUCAUACAUAGGAUAGAAAUGUCUGAUGCUGUGAUUGACUUUACGUAAAAGGAAAACUAAUCAGGAAUUUAAGUGAAUGAUGUUCAUAUGCCUUUGAAGAAUCCUGUGCUAUUUGUGUAAGGGGAAAAGAUGCAUGUUGUUGUAAUGCUAAGAUGCAUAUUUAUGUGUAUGUAAUGACGACUGUCUUGUCACCUAAUCUUUGUAAGGACGUACACUCUAUAUCGCUUAAAAAAAAGAUUAAAUCAUUUGGCUUCCCUAUGUCAUAAUUAUAAGAUAAUUUCCCCACAUUUAUGAGAUAAGAGCUGUCAAUGCUUUGACAUAAAUUAGUAGUUUUAUUAGUAUCAUGCACCAAAAUGUUAAGUUGUAAUUAAUCAGGCCAAAAGCGCUGAUCUAUUUGAUCUGUGUGAGGUGGGUGUCACUUAUCAUAAAAUCCUUCUGCUAUAUUUUUCUCACCAUUAUGUGACAAUUUCUUGUAAUUAGAGUAUAAAGAUCUCCCAUUUAUAAGAUCUCAUUUAUGAAAUAUGGAAGUCAAAAGUAAGAGAAGAUGAUUUUUCUUCUUCAUGAAUGCAAUGUUCUUCCCAAACUUUUAGUAGAGUAAAUCAUCUUUUUGAUGGUUAUCACCUAAUUCUUUCUGUGAAAGAUCUAUUAAAGGUCUUGACUAGUUAUCCAGUCUGUCUCUGUUGACAUGAAUGUCGGUCCAGUUUGCUGUCCUGUGUAAAUGUAAUGUUUUGGGAACUAAGCUUCCAAGCAGUGUGCAGUGCAAGCCAUUGUUAAAAAAGCAGUUUGAAUAAAUCUGUGCAAUGGACAGUUUUCAAUAAACUCAAAUUUGAUUGCUA